AUGGCUGGAGAUAUAGUUUAUGCUGAUAUCAAAACUUAACAGACUUCUACUCUAAAACAUUCAUCUCCACUUCAGAAACCUGAGUCUCACCAUCGUGGAAUUUUUCUGAAAGUUGCAUGUGCAAUAAUUAUCAUCCUCCUACUGAUAGUAAUUGUGCUGGGCAUUUUUGUUAUCCAGUUCAAUUCUGCAAAACAUAAUAAAGUGAAUAAUGAGUUAAUGAAGAAAAACUGUACUGGAAAAAACAAAUCACUAACAAUCACUUUAACAGUUUCUUCCAAGCCUUCCGCUAUCCAUCAAUCAUGUCCCUCCCAAGAGUGGACACCACAUGGUGGGAAGUGUUACUGGAUUUCAGAAACCGAGCUAUCUUGGAGAAAAAGUCAAGAGAACUGUGCCAUGAAAAAUUCACAUCUCUUUGUGAUUCAAGACAUUACUGAUACAGUGAGAUACUAA